ACAUAUAACCGAUUGCAUCACGCUCACAGUGAGCUGCAGGUUUAUGAGGAAAAAUGUACCGGAUUGAAGCAACGACUUGACCUACUCAGGCAAAUAAAGGAAGCUCCCAUAAUGUACGCUACCGCGGUCACAGAGAAUGUUCGACGGAAGGUUUUUCAAAAAGAGUUCAAUUCCUGGUAUUCUAUACAUGUAGAUAAGUGUACUGCACUGUACGAUGAAGAAUCAAAACUGAGAGCUCAGUUCUCUGCGAAAAUGGAGAAGCAUUUUUUACGUGUACUUUUCCAUGGUAUGUUUGACACAAUCCCCCUCUUCUUUGUUAAAAGUCUGUCCAAGUUCGAUACAACUCUUGGUCCGAUCGAUGUCGAAUAUCUGAGGGAACUUCGCAAAAAUAUCGAAGAACUGAAGCAAUACCUGAAUGUCUCAGUUCCACAAGUGUUUCUUCGCCUUGAAGUC